AUGAGAAACCACAGUGCUGUCCGAGAAUUUGUUCUCCUUGGACUCUCGACCGACCCCUAUGUUCAGCCUAUACUCUUUACUCUGUUCCUUCUGGUUUACCUCCUCACGCUGGCGGGAAACGCCUUGAUGCUGCUUGUGAUUGCGGCUGAUUCUCACCUCCACACACCUAUGUAUUUCUUCUUGAGACAGCUGUCCUUCCUGGACCUGUGCCACUCAUCCGUCACAGCUCCCAAGAUGCUGGAGAACCUACUUUCUGAGGACAAAACCAUCUUUGUUGGCAGUUGCUUGGCUCAGGCCUUCUUUGUGUUCAGUACUGGAGGCACCGAGGCCUGUCUGCUUGCUGCAAUGGCCUAUGACCGUUAUAUUGCCAUCAGCUCUCCUCUGCUCUACAGCCAGCUGAUGAGUAGCCAGCUCUGUGUGGGGCUGGUGUGGAGCUCCUGGAGCCUGGCCUUUGUCGACGCCCUCCUCAAUAUCCUCCUGGCCGUCGGCUUAGAUUUCUGUGAGGAGCGGACCAUUCCUCACUUCAGCUGCGAGCUGUCCUCGCUCUUCCCUCUGUCCUGCUCCGAUACCUCUGCCAACUUCGUACUCUUGCUAUGCUCUUCGGUGGUGCAUUUUUUUGGAACCCUUGUCCUGAUUGUUUGCUCUUACGCCUGCAUUGUUGCCACUGUCCUGAGGGUCAGCUCCAGCACAGGCAGAAGCAAGGCCUUCUCCACCUGCUUGUCCCACCUCACCACUGUGAUCUUGUUCUAUGGCUCAGGUUUCAUCAGCUACCUUUUACCAGCUUCAGGGUCCCCCCUGGAAAUGGUCUUCUCUUUGCAGUAUAGUCUGGUCACCCCCAUGCUGAACCCCCUCAUCUACAGUCUGAAGAACAAGGAAGUGAAGGCAGCUGUGGGAAGAAUGAUCAGAAAGCAUUUUUAA